AGAAACAGAAACCUCAGGCAGUCUUUCUUUUUACCUCCCCCUUAGCUGCCUUAAGAAUUUAGAUAAAAGUCCUUUUCCUGAAUAGAGCUAAUACCAGAGACAUCUGCAGAGAAUCUGAGCUUGGGUGGGGUGGAGGGUGGUGUGGGCAGGGAUAGGGGAUACUCCACAGGACUCUGACCCAGUCCUUUCUAUGACGCAUUGUCUCUAUAUGGCUCAGCGAACAUCUGUUUACCAAAUAUUUGUUCUUUAAUCUACAUGUGUGAAAUAGCCUUACUCUCCCUAGAAGUCUCAAAUCACUACCCUCAACAUCCUCUUUUGUCUUUAGCUGAAGAAGCUGAAAGUUAAGGUGAGAAUUUUGGCCAUUUUGGCGAAUUACUCAGUUUUCCUGGGUCUCUCCCAAGUAUACAUGUUAUUAAACUUUUGUUUGAUUUUCUCCUGUUAAUCUGUCUCCUGUCAGUUUAAUUCUUAUACCAGCCAGAAGAACCUAGAAGGGUAGAGGAACAUUUCUUCCUUUCUGACAGAGGCAUGCUCUGUAAAGUCUUACUAAAUAAGGUCCCCAGUACGUCAGAGCCCCAGAUGCCAACAAGAGUGACAUUAACCUGCUUUUGUCAAAAAUUGUUUUUGAUAUAUGAAGAUUGUGUGAUUUUUCUCCUUAGUCAUGCUAACUUAACAAAUUAUAUUCAUAGAUUCUCUGUUGACCAUCCUUGUAUUCCUGAAAUGAUGUUAUUUUAAAAUGUGGUAUUGAAUUCUGUUUGCUUAAUACUUUAAUAUUUAUUAAAUUAUUAAAAUGUUACAUAUUUUAAUAAUUUAAAUAGUAUUUGUAAAUGGGAUGAAUCUCUAGCUUUCCCAUUUUAUGCAACUUUUAUCAGGUUUUACUGUACAUAUUCUUAUUUCAUAAAAAGAAUUUGGUAGUUUUCCUUCUUUUUAUGCUCUGGAGCACUUUUGAGAAUUAUUAAGAUUAUCUGAAGUUGCCUGUGAAAACUUAAGACCUGGUACUUUUUUCUUUUUUGGGGGUGGUGGUGAGAGAGCUCUUUUACAACUUUCUCUAUUUCACCUAUUCUCCUAUUCUUUCUAUUAGAUAGUUUCUUUUGGGGUCACUUUGGCAAAUUGUAUUUCUUAGAAUAUUACCCAUAAAAUCCCAGUAUUUAAGGUUGAUAACUUAUUCAAAAUUAAAAAAAAACUUCAUCAUAACAUGAUAGCAGAUAUGGCCUAUGGACCACCAUUUUGCAGCCACUGAUUAUAGUCAAAACAUUUUAGACCUGAAAGAGGCCAUAUAGAUCCUGUCCUGGCAGUAACCAACAGGGAACAGGGAACACAGGUUGUAUGAGGUGAAAGAUUUAGGUGAAUUGGAGAGCCCAUUCCCCAGCUAAAGUUAAGCAAGUUAAGUUUUCACAGUAUUUUAACCAAAACACCAUGUGGGCCAGAUAAAGCAGUCUGCAAGCUCAGUGUAGCUCAUGGGUGGCUGGCUGGUUUGUGGCCUCUGCCAGCCCAGUCUCACUUCUUCCUACACCUCCUGGGCAUCUCACUUUCCAGCUGCAUCUCAUGCUUUCUGAACAGGCCUUGCCCUUUCUUCGUAUAACUUUGUAGCUUUAUUCUAGUCGGACUUUCUCUUAUGGCUACAGAGGCAUAUUCCUUUCCUACCAUAUUGUGAGCUCCUAAUGAGCAGGGGCCAUAUUUUAUUCAUCUUUGUAUAUAGUUGUAUAUUCAUGUUUUGUACAUAGUUGGAGGUCUCUAUAUGCAAAAUAAUAAGGAUAUUUUUAUCUUGAAAAUAAAUUAUUUGUGGAAAUGACUCUAACUCCAUUUUAUGAGGAAGAUGAGGCCCAACAUAGUCAACUUAUCCAAGAUCAAGAGGAAUAGGACCAGUGUUCUUUCUGACAUUCAGCCCUAUAGCUAUUCAGUUAUAAGAUUAGGAACUGGGAUAGAAACAGAGCUUUCUUAUUUUCUAGAACUGAAUUCAGUGUCUGACACUGAGUCCCCAGCCUGCUUCCUUGCAGACAACUUAAUUUAGAUGUCUUCAGGUAAAUUGAGAUCCAGUCUAGUGAUAUUGAGGGGAUGUAAUUUCAGGCUUAUUGACCCAUCUUCAGAGCUCUCCAAACUUCCUGCCUCUUCUUUACUGCACUGAUCCAAUUUCCAGGGGAAAUUAUACAACCACAACUGGCAAGAGGUGAGGUUGGGAGUGUCUCCUUUUGAGGUUUCAUCAGAUUCUUGGUUUUACUUACUGGCAUCCUCUGAUGACCCCCUUAACCUGGAUCCUCUCCAUGUCACCUGGAUGCUGAGACAACUCAGAGGACGGAUGGGACACCCCCUGUCCAUAGCCACCUCCAACCAUCUUUCUUGCUUUCCCCAUGUCUAAUAGUUUCUCUCAGAAAUCCUCUAAACUCUUGUAGGGGAUCUUCUUAUAUUUCCUUCCUCAGGACUAGGUUUGUGAUGGGGGUAGGGAGACACAACACUGCUUUUCUCUUUUUCUGAAACUUCCUCUUCUUCUGUCUUUCCCGGAGUUUUUUGCAUCUUUUCUUCAGAUAAGGGGAAAAAAAUAGUUCUACAUUUUCUCACCUCUGUAAAUGAUUAAUGUUUCACCAGAGUGGUGGCCUUUGAAUUUAGUCAUUUAGAGCCUCAGUCUGUUUUUUCAGCUGUCCAGCUGUCCUCACUGCAUUCAGUUCCGUUCCAUUUGGCUAGCAGUUGGGGGCGGCUUAGCUGGAUAGGAGGGGCACAUCAGGCAAUACUUGAAGUCAUAGUUUUUCACUAAAGAUUCUUGUACAAAAGCAGGUUGGGAUUAUCAACUGCUGUCUUUGAUCUAGUAGAAAAAAGUACUCUAGGACCCUUAUGCUUUGCUUUCGGAAGGACCUCAGAGUCAUUGAGUUCUCGUCACCAAGUUCCUUUUAACAUUUGGCAUCCCAUUUGGUUGAGGACUUCUGAUUUGCUCACUGUUCCUGACUUGCUGAUUUUACAAGAUUUAUAGGAUAGUGCCACACACCUACACUCCAGGUUCUCCAGUUUCUAAGCCUCAGAGUGGUCCCCAGGCUGAGGUGUCGGAUGCCCCAUCCCCAGCCCAGAAGUCUCCUGCUUUCAAGAUGGCCUCGUGACUCUGGCGGUUAUUUAGCUACUUUGAAACUCAGCCUCUUGGAAGGAGUGGGUGUGAAGUCCCUCACCUUGUAGUAGUUGUGAGGAUUAACUAAGAUAAUGCCUAUGAGUGCUCAAUAAGUGUUAGAUUCCCAGUUUCCAGUUAUUUCCCACUUCCCUCUCUUCCUUCUAGAAUCCUCCACUGUGACAUGAGAUUCUGAGAAUGAGAUUUGUCAGAACAGGGCUUCCAGCUGCUGUUGGUAGGAUCUGAGGAACAGAGAGGAGAUCUUACGUUGCCACUGAGGGAAGCUGUUUCUAGUAUAACAGGAUUCUUCGGGGAAGAUUUAUGGUCCUACCCUUGAAAGACAAAGGGGCUGUUGUACCAUUUGCCACCUCAGGAACCAUGAGGAGAUACAGUGUGCCCCAUUCCUGGCAGAUCCUGAAGAAGGUAUUGGGGCUGUACCAGCUCACUAUGGAUAUCAUUAAGAUGAUCCGAGUGUGUAAAAUGUUUCGCCAAGGCCUCAAGGGAUUUCGGGAAUAUCAGAUCAUUGAGACUGCUCACAGAAAGAACCCUGUCUUCUCUUUCUGGGAUAAGAAACAAGGCCGAAUCACAUUUGAUACCAUGGACUUUGUAGCACAGUCGGGUCACUUUCCUCCAAAGGCCAUUCAGAUCACGCAGAAGAAGCCUGCUUGGAGGACAGAGCAUGAGAUUCAGGCUCUCUGCAACCUCUUGCAGAUUCUAGAUAGUUACCGGAGCUAUUCGGAGCCCCUGCAACUGCUCCUGGCCAAGGUCAUGCGCUUUGAACGGUUUGGUCGCAGGCGUGUGAUCAUCAAGAAGGGCCAGAGGGGCAGCAGCUUUUAUUUUAUCUACUUGGGCACAGUCGCAGUGACUGAGGAUGAGGAUGGCAGCAGCGCCUUCCUGGAUCCCCACCCGAAGUUGCUGCGAAAGGGCAGCUAUUUUGGGGAAAUGGGCCUUCUAACUUCAGUAAGGAGGGCCACCGUGGUCUGUAUGGAAGAAACAGAGUUUUUGGUUGUUGACAGAGAAGAUUUCCUUGCUAAUAAACUGGACCAAGAAGUUAAAAAGGAUGCUCAGCAUCGGUUUGAGUUUUUUAGGAAGAUGGAUCUGUUUCACUCCUGGUCCGAUGAGAAGCUCUGGAAGCUUGUCAUGCUGGGAAAGGUAGAGAAAUUCUCGUACGGGCAGGUGAUCUCAAAGGACUUUGUCGAGUCGUCCUCCAUCAUGUUUGUCUGUCAGGGCAGCUGUGAAGUCCUGCGGCUGAUAAACCUUGAGACUUCGCCUUUCUACCACAAGUGGAUCUGGCAGCACCUGCAGCUGGUGGAUGACAGGCCUUCCAACACCCACCUCAAGGAUUUGUCUCCUGUGGAGAGAUUUAAGGAAUUCCAGAUCAGAACAUACCCUGUACAGGACUUUAGUUUAAUGAAACUUCUGCAUCUCCAGAAAGCCCAGGGGCAACAGGGAUCCAGCUUCAGUAGGAAAAUUAAAACUUCAGGAAAUACUCUCCCAAAGACCUUGGGCUCAAAGAUCAAAUCCAGGUGUCCUCAUUUCAUCGACUGUUCCAUGAUCAAUACCAAGUAUGGCGAUCUCCCCAAGGAGGCUGCAGUAGGGGCCUACAUGAAGAUCCACACCGUGGAGCAAGGAGACAUCUUGGGCCUGCACCAGAUCCUCCUCCCAGAGAACCAGCAUGACAUGCGGCCCUUGAUUCUCAUCAGCCUGGGAGCUGAGGUGAUACGGGUGAGGGAAGAGAAAUUUUGUGACCUGCUUGACAGUAAGACAAUAGAAAAUUUGUCGAAGUUCAAGAUCAAGUACCCCAGCGAUGAAGAUAUGUGCCAGAAGUUCCUCAAGGAGAACAGCUGGAACAUCUUUCGGAAGGACCUGCUGCGGCUGCUGGUAGAACCUCGCCAGUGUCCCCGGUUCACCCCAAUCCAGCCCAAGAAGAAAGGGAUCUACAGCCCUAAGCCUGUGAUGCUGGAUUUGUAUAGCUUAGGCAAGAAGACUAAACCUCGUCAUCCCGUUUUUAUGGCACCCCAGAAAUAUCUCCCCCCAUUGAGGAUUGUCCAAACCAUUUUGGCACCCCGAUACAAAAUCCAGGAACUCCUGCCUCAGUAUAAGAAUGCUGGGGUCCUUGGUUAGAAUCAUUAAAAGAUGUUGGAUUGACCACCAUGUUUCCUGAGUGACCACCAUGGGAGUUGCGGGGCUUACGGUGGGGUCCCCUGAGAACUGAGCUAUGGGUCCAGAGAGAUGUUUGGGGGCAGUAAGAGGGGCACCAUCUCCCUUGACCCUUGUGGGGCUGAGUAAGCUAUGGUCAGGAGACUGGGUGUGGAUGGGUUAAUCACUUGGGCUAGUCUCAGGGUCUUACUUGAUGAGAUAGGUGGGAGGCACAGAGACAAGAGCUUUUUCUGCACUGAGAAUGUGUUUUUCCUUUGGCAUUUUCUUGAGAAACCAGAUAAACAUUUGAAUAGCUCUUAUUCAUGGUUUUGUGCAGUACUGCCGUUUCUUUGUGGGCAGAGAGUGGGCAGCACGAGGCCCUAGCUGUGUUGGGUUAUACGUGUGACGUCCCUGGUAAAUGCUCAGUAUACAUUCGGUGGCAUUAGUACCUUUUUGACCAAGAUCAAUGUGGCCAUCCAAAGACUCUCUUCCCCUUUCAAUGGAAUAGGAAACUGAGGCUUUGAAAGGCUGAGCCUUCAUAAUCAAUGAUAAAGGCCAUCCCCCACAGAUUUGGGAUGGGAGGGUCCUGGCUGUCAUCUCACCCAACCUCCACACUAACUGGAACAGUUCAUGUCAAUAUUAAGGGGCAGCCUUGGGGAGAGCAGAGGUAGGUCACCAAAGCACUGACAUACACUGUGGGUGAGGGUGCUAUUUGAAGGAAGGAUGGGUGGGACGGUGAGGAGAGGGCUUCUGGCUUUAAGUGUGUGAGAGCCUCCUAGCCUCCGGGCUGUGAGCGUCAGAAUCCAUUCCCCAAAACCCUCCCACCCUGGCCCAUCUGCUCUGCAGCAUGCAGCAGGGAAGACAAAUUAGGAUUUAUUUGGGAGAGAAACUCAGUUCAGAAGGAGCCAGUUGUGCCAACACUGCUUGGCACUGGUGUCAGAGAACAAAUUUGUUUUCAGUGCUACAGAGGUUUUCACUGCCCACCUGGCACAGAUCCAAGACUCAGGAAGCCCUCAGUGGAUCUGCCUUCAGAGAGAAGGGCCUGGUCUCAGGUACUGAGUACCUAGUGUGAGCCUGCAUUGUGUGAGGCACUCUACAGAGGCUAUCACUUACCCUGAAAAUACUUCCUGGCAGCUAACUAGGUGGCAUUGUCCCCAUAGGACAGAUGAGGAGCCCGAGGCCCAGAGAAGCAAAGAAAGGCCUUGUUUAAGCUCACUCGGCUGCCAGGUGGUGGUUUUGGGAAAUCUGUGUGUUUUCACUGCACCCCAGGGCCCUCCUAGGCAGGCAGUGCUGCGGUAUGUGUACUGUGACACCACCAUUACUCAUCUUCCCGAAUGAGCCACCUGUUUUCAAAACAGAAAUUCUGUAUACACAACCUUGGAACUGUGCUGGAGAGACUAUAUAUGCCCUCAGGGAUGAUUUUCCAUAUGUAAAUAAGUGCAGUCAUCUUAGAGAGGCACACCCAGGCCACUGAAGCCAAAAAUAUACCCUCAGGGACUAAUAGCUUCCACUGUUUGGGGAAAAUGAAAAAGCGCAUUUGAGAAGCACAGGAGAUAUUGCCAGCAUUUGUUAUAGGAAGUAUUUAAGAUUCCUUUUUGGGGUUGGAAGCAAAAAACAUUCUUUAAGUCCUCUAUUCCUUUUACGUAACUGGUGGAAAAUCUUAACCUUCCACUUAUGGAAAGUCUAACGGGUGAGAUGGGUCACUUUGCAACUCCCAUAGCACUACUAGGGGCCAUUUUGCCGUGAUGCUUUCCUGUCAUUUGGGGAUUUAAGGGGUUUAACCACAAGGGUGCUGAGUUGCAGAAUUUGUAAUCACUGGUUCAGAGCUGACAGUGAAGACGAGUAGUUUCUAGGUGGCCAAGAAGCAGCACCAAAGGUGGAAAAAGAUGUAUUCAGGCUGCUAAAGGCUGUAGGCUUUAGUUCUGGGGACAGAGCCUGGGGGCAUUGGGAAGAUCUGGAUGAGUGCUGUGUGACUUUCAGCCAGGCUCCUUCCUUUUCUGGAGCUUCACUACUAUCAUUUCUAAAAUUUGCAGGGUCCAGUAGGUGUUCUUAAGCCUCCCUACAAGUCCAGGCUCUGCAGGGCGCCUGACCCUGUCUUUUGUUUCUCCCCACCCCCAUUCUCCUACUUUCAAAGCCUCCCUAGCCCCCAACAGAAAAUCAGAAUCAAGAAGAAAAUGGAAAAUGAUUACAAAUCAAUAAAAAAUGUUAAAAAAAAAAGAAGAAAAUGGAUUAUUGAGACCCUUGGUGACAUAUGGAAACGAAAUAGUAAAAAAUAAUAAUACUAUGAGAUAAUAGUAUUAGUGUUAAAUGUCCUGCUUUUGGUUAAUUGUACUGUGGUUAGAAUCUCCUUGUUCUUAGGAAAUACACACUGAGGUACUUGGCCAUUAAGGAAGAUGAUUUCAACUUACUGUCAAGUGAUUUAGAAAGAUAUUGUGUGUAUAUUUAGAAUGGCAAAGCAUAUAUAGCAAAAUGGUAACAGCUGGCGAAUCUGGAUGAAGGAUACAUAGGACUUCUUUGAACUGUAAUUUUUAAAGAGAUUAUUUUUAAUUGUAUAAUAUACAGAAAAUACACCCUCUUAACCAUUUUUAAGUAUCCAUUUUGAAGUUCAUUGUAUUAAGUACAUUCACACUGUUGUGCAACCAUCACCACAUUCAUUUCCAGAUUUCUUGUCAUCUUGCCAAACUGAACCUCUGCACCCAUUAAACAACAGCUUCGCAUUCCCCAGUCCCCUCUUCCAGCCCUUGGCAGCCACCAUUCUAUUUUGUCUAUGAAUCUGACUACUUUACAUACCUUAAAUAAGUAGAAUUAUACAAUAUUUGUCGUUUUGUAAAUGUCUUAUUUCACAUAGUGUAAUGCUCUCACGGAUCAUCCACGUUGUGGCAUGUGUCAGAAUUUCCUUCUUUUUAAGGCUAAAUAAGAUUCAAUUGUGUGUAUGUACCACAUUUUGUUUAUCCAUUCAUCUGC